UCGCUGUUGUAGCUGCUGUUGCUGUUACUGUGCUUCAGCGCGCGAGUGUGUUUGAUCACGUUUUCGAGUGGUUCCGGUCGACGGAUAGCCGGUCGAUCCGACGACCACGUGAAGGCCGGCGACAGUGGACUUGACUUUUUCUUGUGCGAUAGCAGUGAUUUUAUGCACUUGCCGGCACCUUCUGCAGCGGAGCGGCUGUCACUGAGUGGCACGAAAGCGAUAACUGCGCGAGAAACACGGCCAAAGCAUAUCACCAGCACAAUGACCAUGGAAGAACGAUCUAGCGGCAUCGAAGAUGGCGCUCCAGUUAUCUCGACCGGUGCUCCGAUCACUUCCGCCAACGGCCCAAGUAACUUGAAAUCCAAAGCAUGCGAAAUAACCACCGACGCGUCUUACCCAUUGCAACGCGCCAACAAGCGUUCGUUCGACGUGGCAUUUCUCGUUGCUCCCGAUGAAAAGCUGAUCAAGCGUCAAGCGGAAAAACUGAUAAAUUUACAAUUCAACAGCAACCGUUUGAUGAGUGAUUUAGUUCGCCAUCACGAGAGGCAAUCGGUAGCCGUCGACGAUUACAACGACGACUCGAGAGAUUACGAACAGAACGAUAGAAUACCGCAAAACAUGACGAUCAAACAUUUUGAAAGUUUGGAAGCUUCGCACAAGUAUAAAAUGAGACGCGUCGAGGAUACACAAGCACCCGUCCCGUCGUACAUAUCAACCAAGCGAAGGCUAAGCCCGACGUCGCCCGAACCACUUGUUCACCCAUAUGCCACUUCGUUACGCAGACAAAAGACUCCGAGUCCGCCGACUGCGUUUCAACAGACGUUGCAGGCUCGAAAAAUCUAUACCGAGGAUAACAGCGUCGAUCAGCCGAUUGACCAGACUCUCAGGUUAGCAGCGUGUCGCGGUAAGAAUAAUUGCGACAGUAUUUCCUGCGCCGACAGACAACAAGGAGAUUCAAGAAGCGCUUUUACCAAAGUCAACUUAUCCGUGCAGAGGAGCAGCUUGAUAGGAAUUAGUCCGAGUUCCAGUAGCGUUAAUUGCGAGGAUGGCGGAACAUCAUCCCCGAGGUCAUCGGUAUCGCCCGACGUUGUUACCUAUCAAAACAGUCUCAGUCCGCCAAUCGGAUCGCCAUCCGACGGCAACAGCAUGAGUCCUUUCAACAAGUACCCAGCCAACUUCCCCACAAAGGUGCCCUAUCCUUUCCUCCUUGCUCCGGAAGCGCAGCAAAGCGCUUUACUCGACAACCUGAAACUGACUCAACAGCUGGCCUCGUCUCAACCAGCCCCCAAGGUACCCAGUCCAAAAGUCCCUGCCGCAGCUUUCCGACCAGAACUCCCAGCGGCGGUCUAUCCUAAUUUGCCCUACAAUCCCCUGUCGGCGGUGUUCCCACCCCUCGCUGAAGCUCGACCGCGCUUCCUCGCAACUGGCAUUCUGCCGUCUUCCUUCGCCGCACUUGGUCUGGCUGCCCAGAACGUCUGCGCCAAGUGCAACCUGUCGUUCCGCAUGACCUCGGACCUCGUCUACCACAUGCGCUCGCAUCACAAGAGCGAGCACGCGGGCGAGGCGGCGCGCCGACGACGGGAGGAAAAGCUGCGUUGUCCCGUGUGCGACGAGAGCUUCCGCGAGAGGCAUCAUCUCACGCGACACAUGACCGCCCAUCAAGACAAGGAGAGCGACGCUGUUGCGGAUCAGGUUGAAAUCAAGCGCCAGUCGACUCUGCUGCAGAGCAAGUGACGCAGCCGCAAGGGACACAGCCUUUUUGCCGGGUUUGACAGGUUUGCCGAGGGCGAUCACGCAUUUGGUAACUGAAUACCGCGCUACGUCUACUCUCUCACGGAUGUAUUGCGUUAUUAGCUUGCCAGUAGCAUUUUUUUCUUUAAACUUAUGCUCGGAUAUUUAUGAUGUUUCAGGCUACUCGACACCUUUCUUUCAAUUAUUGGUUAUAAGAUGAUUUUUAUUUAUUUUGCAAAAGUUAUUAUGGCUGAAAAUUCUUGAAAAAUUUGUUAUAAUAUUCAAUGAGAUUGCGUAGGUCUAAUAAUAAAUAAUAGCCAUAAGCAAGACGAUUUUCGAAGAAGUGCUCUUUUCAAAAGAGCUCGGACCCCGUCUAGUCAAUAUUAGGUAUAAGUCAGCGACAAAGAUUGUACAUAACUUCUACGAAAGUAUUUCGGGAGACGUGCAGGAGAGUGAUACAUAGCUUUAACGCAUAUAAUAGACAGCACUCGUGGCGUUCAAAAUUAAUAUAAUCGUAAUUAAUGUUUUGAAUGUGCUUAUCCAAGUAAAAAGAUUCUCAGCGCCAAUAAAAGUCGAUUGAUAUUUUAAAUCUUCAUGCUUGAGUGUAUCGAAACAUGCUGAAACAUGGUAAAAAUGGUCAGAUGGGUUUACCUGCAAAUAACGACUACAUUAGGAAACUCCGAUGAAUGGGAUUUCUAGAGCGAAUGAGGUCAAA